AUGCUUAAUCAUUCGCUCUCUCCUCCAUUAUAAAGCUAAUCCUCUUAAAAUGCAUUAACGGUUCUACCGCCUUCUGCUAAUAUUUCAGCAAAAUAGAAAAUUCAUGUGUCAAAUUUACCUCUUAACAUUACUGCUCAUCAUUUGUAAUAAGCAUUUUAAACUUAUGGACAUAUUAUAGACAUUAGGAUAAUUAGGAAAACUCCAAAUGGGCUUCCACUUAAUUUAUCGUGUUAUGCAUUUAUUGCAUUUGCUGAUAACGAAUCAGCCGAAAAAGCUAUAAAGGAUGGUGGUUUAGCUGAUUGGAGUGUCAAACCUUAAAUUGAUAAAUAAAUGGUUGUUAAGUAGAGAUCUCGUUCAAGAUCGAGGUCAUAAGAGAAACAUAGAUAAGUGAUUACAAGUGGUCAUAUUAUUCCAUUAGAACAAUCCCCAAAAAUAUAAAUCCAACUAUACGUGAGGGAAUUAUUUGUUAAUGGUAUAUCGAAGAACUACGAUGAACCACGAAUUAGAUAGAUUUUUUCUUAAUUUGGUUCUAUAGAGAGGAUUGAUCUGUAUCCGAAUAAGCAUAAUAUAUUUAACAGUUAUAUAAAAUUUUUUACUAUAGAAUAAGCUAUUUAUGCUUUUUAAAAUUUGGAUAGUAUAUAGUAAUAGUUUUCUACUCAAAUAAAAAUAUAUUUUUCCGAUCCUAUCAAAAGACAUAAUAUAGUUGGAAAUAAUUUAUAAAAUGAAUCAUAAUCUAAACUUUCAUCAGUAUUAUUUAUAUUUUUUCCUCCGAAUUCAAAUAAAAAAGUCGAUCAUGCAUUUUUAUUAGAAAUUUGUUAAAAUAAUAAAUGUCGCCCUCUCCUUUGGAAUUACUAUCAAUAAGAUUCUAAUUAUAAAUCCUACACUCUCCUCUAAUUUAAAGAUACUCACCAAGCAAUUCAGAUGAGAACAUACUUGCAAUAAAACGCCGCAAAUCUUCUAGGAGAUCCAAAAUGUGAAGUGGGAAUAGUCUCAAUUCCUACACCUCAACAAUUUUAACCUCAACUGCCCAUAAUGAUACAAUAAUAGUAAUUUACAAAUAACGUCAUGAUGCCUCAACAAAUCCCACCCCAAAAACUUCAGAUGCCCUACCAAAUCCCAGCUUAUCCUAUACAAUAAUAAUAGCCAAUUAUAUACCAAUAGAUGCAUCAUCAUCAUCAUCAAAUAUAAAACAAUGAAUAGAGGAUAGAACAAUAGUAAUUUAUGGAUCCAACCAAAUUCUUUUUCCAUCAAACUCCAACUUAAAGUGAGCCAAAAUCUAGGUCCAACAACCCUUAAUAAGAUUCAACUUAAUAAAACGGAAAUUAGGAAAUUCUAGAUGGAUUCUUGAACUUUUCUUAAAGUUAAUAAAGAUAAGAUUUAAACGUUUUUUGGAGUGGUUUUAUGUAUAGAAGUAAGAGCCACAGGGUGGGAGUGGAUGCCUUUUGUGUAGAAUCAGAUGUAAUAUUUCUCUAAAAUGAAUAGCCUCCUAUACAGAUGAGUCCAUAGAUAUAAGUUAACUACAAGGGGAAUUUCUCUGAUGCUAAAAAAUGUGCUAAUGAUUCAUUUAAAUUCAUUUUAUGUCCUUCGGAUUAAACUUAGCAUGGUGCUUUCUAAGAAUAUAUUGAUUACUUUCUAGAUAAAAAGAAGAUCGGGGUGGCUUAAUUAGGAAAUGGAGUGCUAUAUUUGUUGCCACCAUGUGAAAUUGCUAAUUCUAUUAUGAGUAUUUCGGGUUUGGAACUGUUAGCAAUAUUUUCUGAGGAAAAAAAGAAAGCGUUAAAUUAUAGCGUAGAUUAUCAAUGA